AUGGUUGAUGGCUUAUUACGGACUCUACGUAUUCGCAGAAAAAAUAAAAAACAACAACCAUCAGAUAGCUUACGAGCUGCCGUUGAGGCCAAUGUUGUAACGAAAAUUGUGGAAACUGAGUUAGCUGAUCUGGAAGAAGAUAAUGUGAAAGAACAAACUUUAACUCUUAACAAAAUCAACAAUGAAAGUCGUAAUCUGUUGAACAAGAAAGAAGCUGGACCUCCUUCAACAAUCAAAGAGUCCAGCGAAUCUUCACAAACAAUUGAUGAUAAUGACAGUGAGAAAGGAAGUGGUCAGUUGAAGCACGAGAAUACGGUGAUUCGAGCAGAUGGUGUUCCUAAAUCUGCCGUUCCUACGGCAGCAAAUUCGUCUAGUCUUACAGUUCUCAAACAGGAAAUCGUGCGGGUUACUCAACAGCUAUUAGAUGCCAUUUCGUGCAAAGACUUUGACCAAUACACAAAACUAUGUGAUCCUGGCAUGACGUGCUUCGAGCCCGAAGCCCUAGGAAACCUAAUUGAAGGUGUAGAAUUUCAUCGUUUUUACUUUGAUUGUCCUUCAACUUCUACCAAUCCACCAAAGAAAAAUCAACUGCAUACAACAAUGCUCAACCCAAAUGUUCAUAUUCUGGGAGAAGACGGAGCUUGCAUCGCAUACGUUCGUUUAACACAAUAUGUUGAUAGGAAUGGUGAAGCUCGAACAAGGCAAUCACAAGAAACUCGAGUUUGGCACAAAAAGAGCGGACGGUGGAUUUGUGCUCAUGUUCAUCGCAGUGGAGCUCCAUCUUCAACUUCAGCAGCUGACCCACUUUGA